AAUUGUUUGACUGAAUAAUUAUUUCAAUUACGCACUAAACAUGCAUCCUACAACACAAUUGCUAGAAAAUGCAAGAGAACGCGUAACAUUUCCAACUGAAGAAUUAACAAAGCUCAUUUAUGUUAAUGAUGAGAUAUAUGAGACAUUCAUGAAGGCUCAAAAGAUAAUAGCAAAUGAGCCUACCAUUCGCAAUCAUCCAGAUUAUCACAAUUGGAGUCGCAAACAAUAAAUCAUAAAGUCCUAUGAGAAAUUGAGGAUUAUGCAUUAGCAUUUCAAUUUGGCUAAUGCUGUUCACUGGGCUCCCCUUUUGAGCAUCUUCCAAGGAACAACACCCACAGCAGUAUCCUUUGCAAUGACAGUGCCUGCCUUGAGAUUUCUGGGAACAGACGAGCAAUUCAACUUAUGGGGACCCAAAUUCCUGACCAUGGAGAUCGUUGCCGCCUAUGCCUAGACAGAAAUAGGUCAUGGAAGUGACGUGCAGAAUUUGGAAACUACUGCCACCUACGAUCCCUAAAGCAAUGACUUUGUGCUUCACACUCCGUCUGUUUCCGCAGUGAAAUUUUGGCCUGGUGAAUUAGGCUUUUUAUCUAAUUAUGCACUGGUCUAUGCCAAGCUCAUUUUUAAUGGCAAGAAUAAGGGAGUCCACCCUUUCAUGGUGUAAAUCAGAGACAAUUCCACACACAAACCAUUAAGAGGAGUGACAGUAGGUGACAUUGGGCCAAAAUUAGGGUAUUCAACAAAGGACAAUGGAUAUUUGGCAUUUGACAAUUACAGAAUCCCCUUAAAUAGCAUGUUGGCUAGAUAUGUAAGGAUAGAGAAUGGUCAAUUCUCAAGACACGGAAAUGAGAAGAUCUCCUAUGCAUCCAUGAUGGUCUCUAGAUAAUUGAUUAUUUUCAUCUACCCAAGAAUGGCUGCUCAAGCUCUGACAGUUGCAAUCAGAUACUCUAUUACCAGACAGCAAUUCACAAACGACAAGAGAGAGGAGAAUUCAGUGAUUGAAUAUUAGACUCAAUAGGACAAGUUGUUACCAAGAUUAGCCACUUGCUAUGGAAUGAUUUUCGCAGGAAUUAGGAUAAUGCAAUUGGUUGAUGACAAUUUCCAUAGGGUCUAAAAGAAGGACUUCAGUACUCUAUAAUAGUCACAUGCCAUCUUAAGUGCAAUAAAAGCCUUCUCCUCCUAAUGGGUCGUAGAUACUACAGAAUGGUGCAGAUUAUCUUGUGGUGGUCAUGGUUAUGCUCAUUAUUCUGGUAUUCCAGCAGUUUACUUUGAUACUGCUCCAAAUGUUACACUAGAAGGAGAAAACUAAGUGAUGUAUCUACAAGUGGCUAGAUACUUGCUCAAGGUGUUAUAAUAUGCAGAGAAGACUCCAGAGAAAGUACCCUUUUAUUUCAGCUUUGUAUUACACGUCAAAGAGACUUUAGCAAAUAAAGAUUAAAACACUUCAUUAGGACACUGGCUUAAGUUAACUUUGACAAUCCAAUUGAUCCAAGUUGGUAAAAGAAUCAAAGAUUUAAUGAAUACAGGUAAGACAUUCCAACAAAUAUGGAAUGAACAUGUUGGUAUCCAUUUGAUGUCUCUUGCUUAAAGAUAUGCUGAAUAUUUCAUCUAUCUUGUCUUUCAAGAGUAUAUUGCAAAUGCUAAUCCUUCUGUUAAAGAGAUAUUGCAAUAACUUUGUGACUUAUACUGUGUACAAACCAUUUUGGACAAUCCAAAUACACUCAUUGAGUCUGGUUAAAUCACACAAGAAUAAUUAAAAGCCUUUAAUGAAUUGAAAAUUGAAUUGUUUGCUAAAAUUAAACCAUAGGCAAUUGGGUUGGUUGAAGCAUUUAAUUUUAAUGAUAAUGCACUUAGAACUUGUAUUGGAUGCCAUGAUGGAAAACCAUAUGAAUAUAUCUAUGAUUGGGCAACAAAGGAGAAUUCAGUCAAUAAAGUACCAUAAGCAGUAAUUGAUUUAAUGGGCACAAAAAUCAAAGCAAAAUUAUGAUAUUAAUAAUAUAUUAAAUGGAGAGAUAUUAUAUGUAAUUUCAAAUAUCUUCAUAGA